AUGAAUCCCGAAGUUCCGGCUCUCUCUGUGCCCCCCUUGUCCCUCGUUUUGAGUCCCCACGAUGCGCUGCCUACCCUACCUCACAAUCUUUCCCCUUCCCCGUCCCCCGUCUUUACAAGCAACGUGGCUGGAGAGCAGAUAUUCUCUGGCGCGCAGGGCAAGCCUAGUCGCCAGACCAAACUGUCUGAUCUGGCUGUCUGCAUCCCGGCGAGCUCUCGCGACGGCCCUGAGAACCGUUUUCCCCAGGCACCUACUGAGCACUGGUUGUCUACUAGAUACGAUUACCUCUUCAAGCUUCUCCUCAUCGGUGAUUCCGGUGUUGGAAAGUCUUGCCUCCUGCUGCGAUUCGCCGACGACACCUACACCGAGUCCUACAUCUCCACCAUCGGCGUCGACUUCAAGAUCCGAACUAUCGAGUUGGAUGGAAAGACAGUGAAGUUGCAAAUCUGGGAUACGGCCGGUCAGGAGCGCUUCCGAACCAUCACCUCGUCGUACUACCGUGGUGCCCACGGCAUCUGCGUCGUCUACGAUGUCACCGACAUGGACAGUUUCAACAACGUCAAGCAGUGGCUGCAAGAGAUUGACCGCUACGCCACCGAGGGUGUCAACAAGCUGCUGGUAGGCAACAAGAGCGAUAUGUCGGACAAGAAGGUCGUGGAGUACACAGUUGCGAAGGAAUUCGCCGACAGUCUUGGCAUUCCUUUCCUCGAGACUUCGGCAAAGAAUGCUUCCAACGUCGAGCAAGCUUUCUUGACUAUGGCCCGUCAGAUUAAGGAGCGGAUGGGUUCGCAGGCAACAACCAACACCAAGCCCGGUGUUCAAGUCGGCCCCGGUCACAGCGUUGCCUCGUCCUCCAGCGGCGGCUGCUGCUAA